AUGGCGCCUCCAAGUGAGAAGCGUGCGCACGACAGCCAUGUUGUUCAAGAUACUAAUGCAGAGGCUCGAUUGGCCCAAAUGGGUUACAAACAGGAAACUACCCCGGAGCUUGUCAAUGAUCUCGAUCCUAGGUCCUUCGCUAUCAUGGCCGUCCCAUUUGGUAGCAGUACAACUUUGGCACUCGCACUGACGGAUGGUGGCGCAGUCACCGUGUUAUACGGAUGGAUUAUUGUGUCUUUAAUCUCGCUGGCAAUUGCUGCAUCACUUGCCGAAAUUUGCUCGGUAUUCCCAACAGCCGGCGGAGUAUACUACUGGUCGCACAUGCUUGCUUCUCCUCGCUAUGCACCAAUAGCAUCUUGGACAACCGGUUGGUUCGGCCUCGUUGGAAACUGGACAGUCACGGCUAGCAUCAAUUUCUCGCUCGCCCAGCUUAUUCUCACGCAAUCGGUCUAUGGAGAGACGGCUGGGUUGCAACGCCCUGGCAAACUUUACUCUGUUAUUGGGCGGUGA